CCGAGAGGGGAAGUAAUUGCUGUUUUAAAAAAUUAAUAUAAUUAAAUAACUAAAUAAUACUGUUCAAACAGUUCAUAGAAAAUAAGUUUGCUUUGUCAGUAAAGAUACAGAAAAUGCAAUUGACUUGAUAGCAAAAAGGCAAACAAAUAUUUAUAAGAAACCGAACAUUUGCAUUAAAGUUGUAUGUAUGUAUAUAUGUAUGUACACAUUCAUACAAAUAUUCAUAUGCACAUACGUACAUACAUAGCGAGUUUUCCUUAAAUAUUAUACAUUUUACGGAUUAAUCGAUCGUAUAGUUAGGAGCAGACUUUUGUGGUCUGGGUUAAAUACGUACAUACAAACAUACAUUAAUAGGUGGUGAAUGCACAUAGAAAAUCGCCAACAGUGCGAUAUAUUUGAAACAUGAACACACCGGAGGUCAACCAAAUAAAUCAGCCGCAUAAGAGCAAUGAGUCACAAUCGGAAGAUUAUGUUCUUUAUGUGCACAUGCCAAACAAGAGUUUUAAGGCGAUUGGAUUUAAUAAAAACGAAACGGUAUAUCAUAUUAUCAAGAAAACGGUCGCAGAGUUUGGAAAAGACGGUCAACCUCCUCCGAACACUCAGCGCUAUGCAUGUCGAAUGUUGAAUGUGAUCACAAAAGAGGUGCUAUGGCUGGCAAGGACAACAUUAAUGGACAAGGUCUUGUCUCACAUUUUGUCGCCUGGAUGCUCCAAUGUCGACUGUCCAAACAAUGAUUCAACAAAAGCCGAGCUUACUGAAAACAGAGAUACGCAUCAGGGCAGACGUUUCAUUAGCAAAGGGGUGUGGCGUGUGGAACUUCGUGUCCGUUAUGUGCCUCACAAGAUUCAAGAUUUGUUUGAUGAGGACAAAUACACUUGUUUCUACUAUUUUGAUCAGCUUAAGGAAGAUUAUAUCCAAGCUAAUUUAGCUUCGGUUGAUGCCGAAUUGGCGGUUCAAUUGUGCUGUUUGGGAAUACGUCAUUACUUUAAGAACAUAACUCUUAAAGCUCCGGAUAAGAAACAGCACAUUGAUUACAUUGAAAAGGAAAUUGGAUUCAAAUAUUUUAUUCCGCAAUCUGUGAUAAUCACAACAAAGCCAAAGAAUCUGAAGAAAAUGAUACAGGUCGGAUACAAAAAGGUCUAUAAUUACAACGACAUUGAGUACUUGACAAAGUUCUUCGAUCUUCUAAAGAACCUUUCUUUAACCGACUAUGAACAAUUUUCGGUUACCUUGAGCUCAGCUUGGAAUAUAUCAGGAAUCCUGCAUGUUGGUCCUCAAAUAGGAAUCUCUUAUCAGACACAUCCACAAGCUAGUUUAAGGAAUGUAGCACAAUUUAAGGAUGUCGUUGCUAUUAAAACCUGCGCUCUUCCAAAAGAAAAACUCUCGAAGGAUAAAUCAACUGAAUUCGAACAACAAACCAUGAACUGCAACUGUCAAAAAAUCAAAACUCAAAUCAAGAUUUCUGCAUCAAAUAUCGAAGAACCUUUAAUUAUUACAUGCAAUGGAGUUAAUACCGCUGAGAGUAUAGCCGAUCUUAUUGAUGGAUAUUGCAGACUAUUAACAAAAGAUAUGGAAUUUACAAUUUGGGAACGAGAAUCAGACGCACAGAACACCGAAACAUUAACGAAGGCAUCAAGUACUUUAAAAGACGGUCCAACCACUUCUUCUCCAACUAAAAGUAAACCUACUCUAACAGAUGAUUACGCUGAAAUUGGAAUGCUAGAAGGGGAGGGAGAUUACUCUACUCCAACAGUACGCAAUUAUGAACUGGAUCGAUCUCAAAUAGUACUCAGUGCUAAAAUAGGCGUUGGACAGUUUGGAGAUGUUUAUGUUGGGAGCUAUACGUUUCCGAUAUCAUCUAAGGCAAAGAGCAAAUCAAAUAAUAGUUCAUUAAGUACUAGCGAUGCCAAAUAUGAUGUAGUCCAAGUAGCAGUAAAGACAUGUAAAGCAAACGAGGAUCCAGAAAAGACAGAAAACUUUCUUGCCGAAGCAUAUAUAAUGCAAAAGUUCGAUCAUCCACACAUUAUUCGGUUGAUUGGCAUUUGCAGCAUUAUGCCCAUUUGGAUUGUUAUGGAAUUGGCAAAACUCGGCGAACUACGUGCGUACUUAAAGACAAACAGUGAUAGAUUGAGCCAAGGAACCUUGCUUAAAUAUUGCUACCAAUUGUCAACCGCACUCAGCUAUUUGGAAUCUAAAAAAUUUGUACACAGAGACAUUGCCGCACGGAACGUUCUUGUGAGCUCUCCCACUUGUGUCAAGUUGGCUGAUUUUGGUUUAUCUCGCUGGGUUUCUGACCAGUCUUAUUAUCACUCAACGCCCACAGUUGCGCUUCCCAUUAAGUGGAUGUCACCGGAGUCUAUUAAUUUUCGUCGGUUUACGACUGCUAGUGAUGUUUGGAUGUUUGGUGUAUGCAUUUGGGAAAUUCUUAUGCUGGGCGUGAAACCUUUCCAGGGCGUGAAAAAUAGCGACGUUAUUACAAAGCUGGAGAAUGGAGAGAGAUUGCCAUUGCCACCAAAUUGUCCCCCCAGGCUAUAUUCACUUAUGUCUCAGUGCUGGGCUUACGAACCGCUAAAGAGACCGAAUUUUAAGCGUAUAAAGGAAACAUUAUGUGAAAUUCUUUUAGAAGAUAGCAUAAACGCCUCGGAAACGAUGAGACGGGAGCAGCGACGUGUCGCUGGUAUUUCUUGGCUGGGCGUUGAGGACAAUGACAUUCCUCCAUCAAAACCAUCCAGAACUGUGAAUGAUAUAGAUAAUCCAGGCAAUAUGAAUGCCAGCGACGAAAACAGAGUUGUACCUCAGACAUAUAUAAUUGCACAAAAUCCUGCGGUGCUUGCCAGACUAAUGAUGGAGAACCAAAAGCGAGGCAUAAAUCCGGCAGCCUACACCACACCCGCCUCGGUAUUUAAUACUUUAGCCGUAGGAAUAGAUGCCACUAAAUCAAAUCAAUCGCUUAAGACCACUAAACUCCCAGCAGCGGAGCUCUUAAAACUCGAUCCUGUUGCUGAUUCAGAAAAACAUAAAGUCAAACUCCCAACUAACAGCAUUUCAUCUCAAAAUCUUAAUCCUUCACCAUCAUCAGCAUCUGUAGCUAGUACAUUUGAUUCGUCCCUUAUGCCAGCUAAUUUACAUCCCAUGCAUAUUAAGCCUCAGUUAUCAGGAUUUUCCAACGAGCAUUUACCAUUAAAGAAUAACUUUAUACUAUGUGCACCACCUACGGAGAGUGACUUUCAUGUCAAUCAACUGCAGAUGGAUUACAGAUCUGUCAAUCAAACGCCCCGAUCCGCAGGUUACAGCCUUUAUGGCAGUCUUGAAAGGCACCAGCCUCCAAUGGAGAAGACAAUGCACUCAAAGGGCGGCAGCCUGGAGCGUCAUCAAUCGUUGAUGGCUGCUCAAAACAUAAUCUUUCACAAACAAGGAUCUUCGGAUCGUUCCAGAAGUAUGGAACGCAAGACACACCUUCAUACAUAUCGCCAGCAAAUGAAAACAUCCAUUGAAUGUGAAUCUCUGCCCGAAGAAAUCUAUGAUUUUGGGGGAGUUGGACUGAAAACCUGUGUGUCUGUUCAACAGAAAUGCGAUGCUAUCCCUAUGCUACAUGCAUCCACAGCUAGUUCCAAUCAAUUAGCACAAGAUUACAUUAGUCACAGACAGGAAAUGGGUCCAUAUACCGAAUCUCCACUUCAAGAAGUUGAUGAAAUAAGAUGCGAAUGGAACCAACAGUGGACGACGGUGCCUUUCCAUCCACUCCAGGACAAUAUUUCGGAAGGAGCUGCUUGCAACCCACUAAAUUCUGAUGCUACAAAUCAGACUACUCUUAAUCCAAUUGGAGAAAAGCUGCGACAACAACGUAAUGACAGCAACAGCGAUGGAGAAUGGUUAUAUCAAGAGGAAAUGCUUAGAAAGCGAUCCAGUUCAAUUCCACCCGGAGCUGCAGCAGAAGUCUUGGACAAACAUCAGACAAUGACAUCAGUUGGCCCAACCAGCUUACCCAACUCAAAUGUGUUUUCCCACAAAUUAAAUAACUUUUCGGUGGAUCACAUGGACUCUCUGGCGACAGCGGAAGAAAGUCAUGGCUCGAGGUCCAGGAAUAGUGAAAUUCCGGAUUCGAUACGUCCAAUAAGUCGUGCAAAUGACGAGGUCUAUUGUGCCACAACAGCGGUAGUUAAAUCGAUAAUGGUGCUCUCUCAAGGCGUGGAAAAGUCGCACAUUGAUGGAUACUUGCAUUUGGUUAAAAACGUUGGCGUGGAGCUGAGAAAUCUACUGAAAUCCGUAGAUAAAAUAUCUAUACUCUUUCCGGCUCAAGCCUUGAAAGAAGUGGAAAUGGCCCACAAAGUACUUUCCAAAGACAUGCAGGAAUUGGUAUCUGCAAUGCGAUUAGCACAUCAAUAUAACGACACUACACUGGAUAAUGAAUACCGAAAGAGUAUGCUAUCGGCAGCACACAUCUUGGCAAUGGAUGCAAAGAAUCUCUUUGAUGUGGUUGAUUCAAUAAGGAACAGAUAUAAACAGAUAUCGGUAGCAAAAGAAUCAAAUAGCUCGUUAAACUGUGAAUUGACUUCUGAAGUUGGCGCCGGCUCUUCGUCUAUGCCCAUGUCAACGGAACUUAUUAACGAGCUCGGUGGCAAUGUAAAUGAUAUAAGUCUUUAUGACAAUGAACAUUUACAACAUAACUUCAACUCGAGGCAGCCACAGACAGGAAUUAGCUCUGGACACAGAGGAAUCGAUAUUAGUCACGAAACGAUGGGCAAUGAGCCCUUAAAAAUAAUAGAAGACACAUUAAAUAGCUCUGGCGAGCACAUGUACUGUAACACAUCCGCCCUACAUAGCCAUGCAUAAUUCAAUAAUUCAGUAUAAUGGCUUUUUUUUUGCAAAUAACCUCUGUUUACUUGAUUAAAAGAUGUCUAUAAUCUAAAAAAUAGAAUAUGCUAACAUUCUGUGUAUAUAACAAGCCAAAAUACGUAUGUAUAUAAGUAUGUGCUUUCUCACAAAUUGCGCAAUUCAUCCCAAAAACUUAUCUAAAUACAUACAUACAAUAUUAUAUUGCUUCUGUUCAUAAAAUGUGACGAAAACUCAACGUCGGCCGGCCGCUGUUAAUGCAUUAUUAAAUCGUCAAGUAGUCAAAAUACUUUAAGAGACAUAAAUGUUUAUGUAAUUAAAACACACAAAAGAAAAGAAAUUACUCGUAGAAACAUGUAAA